ACCAUCGCAGCUAUCGCCAGUCAGCAUUCAUUUUUCCCAAAGCAGUACGGCGUUAGCUCGGUCAACGAUGGCGGGCGCAGGCGUCUUCUCUGCCCUGGGCGCCAUCCUCUCUACACUGGGCAUACUGUGGUACAUCUUCAUAUGGACUCUCUGCCUCUUUGGUCUGCACAGGGCCAGAGUCGUGUUCGCUCAGCCGCCGCGUCUCUUAGCAUCUCAGCAGCUUCCUUCAACACCCGGUAGAGGAAUGGAGGAAGAAGAGGACAGGGCAAAUCUUCCUGGAGUGUCUAUCCUCCGCCCUCUAGCAGGCUCAGAUGCCAACCUGUACGCCAAUCUCGCAUCGACGUUCCAGCAAGAUUACCCAGCAGCCAAGCACGAAGUCAUCUUCAGCGUGAGCUCCGAGGAGGACGCUGCGCUUCCCAUUGUCAGGCGGGUGGUGGCAGAGUACGCAGCUGGCGGUACAAGCAGCGGCAAGGUCAAGGCGCAAAUCAUCGUAGGGGACGUCAAGGCUGGUGUGAACCCAAAGGUCAACAAUCUCUUGCGGCCUUACAGCCUAGCCCAGCACGAUAUACUUUGGAUCGUCGAUUCGCAAGUUCGUCUAUGCUCUUCGACGCUCCGCUCAGCCGUAGCGCAGCUUCUCGCGCCCUCACCAACUCCUUCACCGACCUGGCUGCACAGACGACCGCACGGCUCCCGCGUAGGGCUACUGCACUGUGUCCCACUCGGGGUAGACCACCACGAAGGGAGUCUGGCUUCGCUCGUAGAACGAGUCUUCUUGAGUACCACACACGCAAAGAUGUACUUGGCAAUGAACGCACUGGCAGUGGAAAGCUGCGUCAUGGGCAAGAGCAACAUGUGGAGAAAGAGCGAUCUGGAACAGGUGCCAGACUCCUUCUUUGCGGUCGGCCUGGACGGUAGUCGUGAGGAAGACCCGGAAGGGGCUCUAGGCUCGCCAGCCUUUCAAGUGGAGACUCAAUCCUCACAGGCUAGACCUUUCGUCCUUGAUGACGAGGCAGAGGAAGGGGCAGAAGAGACAGGGGAAGAAGAGUCCCUCUCGAUUAUCCGGCAGGCGCGCCCACUAGCGCGCUUCUCCAUCUACCUCGCCGAAGACAACAUGGUCGCCACCUCCCUCUGGCGUCCACCCCUCUCCCUUUCGCACGUCCUCGCCUCCGGCUCAGCAUGUAUAGCUCGUACAAAUGUGGGUGAGAUCCGCACCCUCGCAGACUACAUCGGACGGAGGAGCAGAUGGAUCCGAGUUCGCAGACACAUGGUCCCCGAAGCCACUAUCGCCGAACCUCUUACCGAGUCUCCCCUAGCUGGACUGGUGGGGUUCUGUAGCUUGAGAUUCUUUGGCCUCUGGCCGUCAGGACUACUCGCUGCGACGCUCUUCUUCCUUGUGCACUUCACGGGGUGGUAUCUCGUGGAUUUUGCAGUCCUCGCUGCCCUCGAAAGCGGGAGUGGAGAGUGGUCCCCACAGGCGGAAGAGCGAGGAUCCACUUCUGGGACGCAGGCAGAAUCACGGGCGCAGCAUACUUCUCCUCCUCCUGCCCCCCGCCUCUUUACACGCAAGGGAGAAAGAUGGGAGUUUACAAAAGCGUGGAUAUUGCGAGAAGCACUGGCGCUGCCCAUCUUCUGCUGGUCCAUCUGGGGAGGGAAUGAAGUCAACUGGCGAGGUCAACCCUAUCGGAUCCUCUCCGACUCUCGAGCAGCGCAGAUCCUUCCCCAUGCCCCCACAGGAAGAAGAAGAGGGACUGGCUUGCGCACUGUGAGAGGUGCAGGCGCAGGCACAGGCGCAGGAGGUGCUUCUGCGAGUCGAGCUGAGUACCAGAGUUUGCCGAGUGAGGAGUAGGGUGAGGUCAACCGUACAGUCAGACAUGGCACGCGCAGGAUAGACCCACUUAGAAGAAGAUAUAGAUGGAUGUUCCAUUAAGUAGGACGGGGAGGCUAACAUGAUGAUACCACUCGAGAGCGAGGCGUGUCCCUUUCUCUCAUCUACCACAAUCUGAACUAGUAUAGACAUUCUUCCGAAUCGUUUUCAGCACAGACAUACUCUUCUCUUCUCAUCUGUCAAACAGUAGCCCCCCCCGCUGCCUUCUCCAACAUCAGCCUCUCCUUUGCCUCUAUUCCUCUGCAGCAGUCGCUGGAGGAACGCGUCAAACUUGCC